AUGCCGAAUUCAAACACCACUUCCUCCCCCGUCAAGCGCCCGGGCUUGGGGCGUCGUGCAGUUUCCUCUCACGCUGUCGUCACGCGCUCGACCUCCUCAACUACCGGAGAUUCAUCCGACCCUCCUCACCCGCAGAAAUCCCACGUCGUUCACCGACAUCAUCACCCUCGCCCGCACCUCGUCGGCCACCGUUACAGCCACCACCAUCGCAACCCCUCCUACGGAAAGAACGUCAACAAAUUACAGCGACUCACCUCCGGAGCUGAAGCCGGCCGUCACCAUCAGCGCAAAAAGUCUGCGCCCGCCACACCCGCUGCGAGUCCCCCGCGCGGUGGUCCCCACGUGCGCUGGGAGGGUGAGUUCGAAGAUCCGAAUCCGAAAGCGUCGAUGAAGAAAAAUAACUCAAGUCCCGCAUUGCGACGAUAUACGUCUACAGGUACCGUUCCCACCAAGAAAACUUUAGUUACCGACCGUCCUCGCUCGAGUUCUGGGAAGAAGAAAACAGUGGGCUUCGAGAUUGGAGAUUCGGACAACGACGACGGUGAAUGGGAGGAUACUACGCAGUCGCCCGAAAGCACUAGGCGCAGUUCCGUUGCACAGUCCAAGGACAGCGUGGAGAACGCUGCAGCUCUGGUGGAUCCUUUGAUCUUUGUCAAGCGCCCUUAUCCUCAAAUACCGCGAGCGACCAGUCUCCCGGAACCAACCAGCCAAAGUUUUGCUCAGGAAGGUCAGUCGACAGAUGAGGAGGAGGGACAACAACCACAGCACGAGGAGCAGGAGAACCAGGGACUUCACGAACAGCAAGAGUUGCAACCAGAUAACAAACAGCAUCAAGAACCCGGCCAAGUACCGGAGCCCAGCGCGAUCGCAUCUCGUCUUAUCAGUCCAGCACUUUCAGCCAAAGCUCCCCCCGCCAUGUCCUCCAUAUCCGCCAUGGCCAAACCGGCGGCCAUUGACACUGCCAUUUCCCGCACUGCUUCGCUGCAAAACCUGAAGGCUGGUCAGGACGGCUCCCGACGCACCUUGCCUUCACCAAAUCCCGCCUUAGCAACGACCCCCGGGAACAACACACAAGCGACUUCAUCAUCGAUCGAGGGAGGCGUUUCCAGGUUUAUCGUGAACAACAAUGGGGCUUCCAGGGCAGAUUCCGAUCCCAAUACCCCGUCCUCGUUUCUGCCACACUAUCAUCCGCAGACUCCGCCAUCGCCUGGCACCACAAUUCCGCGAAAGCCUCGUGCAUCCCCGCCUUCGAGACCCCCUGGGACAGAGCCACCAUCUCGAACGCAACAAAAGCUCUGGCUACAACGAACGGCUGCGCUGAAUACAUCCCCUCCUGAUGGUCACGAUACGGUAUCCCCAUCAGCGAUAGAUGGGACCUUCAUGGCAUCAGCGCACGGCCGACCAGGAACCGCAGCGUAUGAUGCGGGAAGAGCACUUGUCAACGGCUCAGCCAGAUCAGGCGGUCCAGGACAUGAUAACGAAGCCAAACAAACCCGCAAGGCGUUCGAGAAGACUGCUCUAGAACUCGCAGUCGUCCGACGAUUCCAGUCGCCAACCGCAGAUAGUUUCAGUCGCUUAAGAUCCGUCAUCCAAGAAACCAGGGGCCCCGAACUAGCCAACACAGCACUCGGCCAACCGGUCAAAUCAGCUCCCGCAUUACCACUUCUCAACGACGGGCACUCUAGUCGGGGAUCCGGUCAGGACUCGAGUCCGGAACCGAGGCAGCUCGUUGGCAGGAGGACGCGGCCAUCUGUCUCAGAGGCGGAUGAUUCGUCUGUCAACGACUCCGGUGAUCGGCAGAAAUCUCAACACCCAUCUCAACGGAUCCUAUCUACUUCUGACGAUACGGCAACCGGAAAUCCUUCGACUGACGACGACGCAGAAACCAACGAAUACAAUGACACUGAGAUGAUGAUCCGUCGCAUGUGGGACAGUCGCAUCGUGGCUUCUUCUGCGUAG